AUGACUACAAUAUUUCAUUCAGGUCUCUCGAAAGAUUUAUCACUUAUAUUAAAUGAUGCUGAUGAUUUUAACGUUAUUAUUCAAGUUGGAGAAAACCAGAAUACAAAAGAAUUUUAUGCUCAUUCAGUAAUUUUACGUGCUCGUUCUCCUUAUUUUAAAUGUGCUUUCUCUUCCAAUUGGAUUUCAAAGAAAAAUAACAUGAUUAUAUUUAAUAAACCUAAUGUCACUCCGACAGUUUUUGACAUAAUUUUAAAAUAUAUUUAUACCGGUGAACUUGAUUUGACUAAACAAUCAUGUGAAGACAUUCUUGGUUUAUUAGUUUCAUCUGAUGAAUUACUUAUCGAUGAAUUAUUCAACCAUGUUCAAGAUUAUUUAAUCGAGAAACAAACUAGUUGGGUUCAAAAAAAUUUUGUUCUUGUUCUCCAUACUGUGUUUCAACUCCCUAGUUGCAAGAAAUUACAAGAUUAUUGUCUUGAAUCUAUCUGUGAAGAUCCAGAACCAUUUAUCUCUUCAAAAAUGUUUCCUUCAUUAGAUAAGAAUAUCCUUUUUGGUUUACUUAAACGAGAUGACUUGCAGGUUGAAGAAGAAAUUGUUGCUUGGGAUUGUUUAAUUAAAUGGGGUAUUGAACAAACACCUGGUUUAGGAAAUAAGAAUAGUGAUAGAACCAAAUGGAAUAAUGAAAAUUUUGAAGCAUUAAAGAAAACUUUGAAUCAAUUUAUUCCUCUUAUUCGGUUCGUGGGAAUUUCUUCCGGUAGUUUUUUUGAUAAAGUUCAACCUUAUAAAGCUAUUAUCCCCCAUUAUAUUUAUGAAGAACUGGAAGAAUUCUAUUGUAAAAAAGCUUUAUCAAGAACCACAAUCUUACUGCCUCGUAGGAGACAAUCAAGAUCAUUAAUGUCAGCAAUCAUAAAGUUUAGACUCGCAAAUGCAAUUUCUAAGUGGACUGAUAAAAAUGAUUUAGUGACUCAUUCAAAUGAUAAUAAAUGUAAGUUUAAUCUUAUUUAUUCGAUGAGUCGUGAUGGAUCGAAUGGCAGAACAUUUUAUAAUAAAUGCAAUGGACAAGGCCCAUUUGUAGUAUUAAUAAGAGUUCAAUCAAAUAAAAUCUAUGGUGGUUAUAAUCCAAUUGGGUGUACAGGAGGAAAUAAGUGGUUAUCUUCAACAGAAAGCUUUAUCUUUUCUUUUGAAAAUAAUCAGAAUAUAUAUAAUAUGAAAUUUGGCAGGGUAAUUAAUUCAGCCUAUUCUGUAUAUGAUAGUUCCAAUUAUUUUUUUAGUUUUGGAGAUAUUUUAUAUAUUAAUGGACGAAAUCUUAAUAUUGGGUAUAAUAAUGGCCAUUAUGAGAAUAUUUUUGGCGAAAAAAAAAUACUUAAUAUUGAAGAAAUUGAAGUGUUCAGCGUAGUUAAAGAAUAAUUUUUUUAAAAAAUUUUAAAGACAUUGUUUUUUGUUUUUGAAGAUACAAUGUCUCAAAUUUAACGUAAGUAUCCAUCAUACUGUAUAUUUAUAAAUAAACUCCUUUGA